AUGCCACCAAAAAGAUAACACCACAAAACUUAGUCCUCUGAAAUUUCCCCAUAAGCUUUAAUGAGUUAUCUCUCAAAUAGAGAAUAAAUUUAAGCAAGAUUCUCAAAUUCGCCAACCUUACAAAUAGAUUUUAAAGUAACAUAAUAAAUUGAUAUUAGGUUAACAAAUAAUUAAUUCAUUAAUAAAGUCCUUUGUUAAGAUAGAAUGGUUCUUAAAAUAAUUUAAGGAUAACCCAAUAAUAGUAUCUAUUUAUUAUAAAAUCUGAGAUAAACAUAAAGAAAAAUAUAAUAAUCAGAUUUGCUGAAAUCAAAAGGUUUCAUGUCUCCAAAAUUUGUAAGUCAAGAGAAAAAACAAGUGUAAUAAAAAACUGUCAUUCGAUAAGGAGGGAAUCACAUAAAAACUUAACCUCAUUCACAUUAAAAUUCAUAAUCUUCGAUUACUAAAAUUGAUAAGACAUAGGAUGAUUAUAAAUAAUUAUCACUCAUAUCUUCUGCAUUACCAAAAUCUUCUGAAAUUUUGUUAACUCAACCAUAAUCUGCAAUGAAUAAAACAGAACUCACAUUAAAAUAGAAAGCAGAUUUAGCAAUAUUAGAAAUGAAGCAAAAAUAAUAAGAGGAAUUAUUAUAAAGAAUAAAUUUUUAAAAAUCCUUAGGAGUUUCAAGUGCAAAAAAUUAAUCUUAGUUGUUUAUGCAAUAAAACUAAUAUAAAUCAAGUAGUACUAAACAAUUAGAAAGUUAAAAAAUUUAAACUCAUUCGGCAUCCUAACCAAUAAUUGAGUUUACCCCAAAUAAACCAAUAACAACUAGGUAAAUAAUCAAUUUAUUUUAUAGAAAGUAAUUAUAAGAUACAAUUAAUCUUAUUUUAUUAUGUAAAAAUAUAAAAGAAAAAAUAACAAUAGAUUUAUAAUAAAAUUCAAUACAACAUUUAUUAGAUUUAGUAAAACAAAUUGUGUUAAAAAAUUUCGGAACAACAUAACCUUCUGUUAUUGGAAUUAAAACUUGUAAUAUUUCAAUACCUGUGGAUUAUAUCUUAUCAAAAGUAGAAAGACCUUUAUCUCUAUUAAAUUCUAGUUAACUCUAGCCCUUAAUCAUUGAACCAGUAUUUGAAUUAGAAAAUGAAAUAAAAACUCCUCGAGUAAGUUUAAAAGACUUUGAAUUUAUAAGAUGUAUUGGAAUGGGAGGAUUCUCUAAAGUAUACAUGGUCAGAGAAAGAAAAUCAGGAUAAUAUUUUGCAAUGAAAUUAAUAGAAAAGAGUCCCAUUAUCUAAUAGAAUAAAUAGACAAUUAUCUAAAAUGAGAGAGAUAUCAUGUCUAUUCUUAAUCAUCCUUUUAUAGUGAAAAUGCAAUAUGCUUUUGAAUCUAGAAAAUAUUUAGUUUUUGUUUUAGAGUAUUGUUCUGGAGGAGAAUUGUUUUAUUUAUUGAGGAAGGUAUUAUCCAUUAAAUUCAUUUCUUUAGGUAAAGAGAAUGAAGGAAGAAGAAGCCUUUUUUUACUUUUCAGAAAUAUGCUUAGGAAUGAAAAAUUUACAUGAAAAUAACAUUAUUUAUAGAGAUAUUAAACCUGAGAAUAUUUUAAUAGAUUUUGAUGGACAUGUUAGAAUUGCAGAUUUUGGAUUAUCAAAACCUAAUAUGACAGAUUAAGAUAUAGGAUAUUCAUUUUGUGGAUCACCAGAGUAUAUGGCACCAGAAAUGCUAUUAAAAUCUGGUCAUACAUUUUAACUUGAUUUAUAUUGUUUAGGAGCUUUGUUAUAUGAAUUAGUUACUGGUUUACCUCCUUAUUAUUCAAGGAAUACAGAAGAAAUUUACACUAGAAUUCUUAAUUAAAAAUUAAAUUUUCCUCCAUAAUUAUAAAUGUCUCCUUAAAUUAAAGAUUUAUUAAAUAAUUUAUUAGCUAAAAAUCCAAAAAAUAGAAUUGAUUCUAUAGAUACUUUAUUAAAACACCCUUGGAUGAUAUAAUGGGGUGAUAAAAAUUUAUAUAAAGAUAUUUUAUAAAAAAAGGUUGAACCACCAUUUAAACCAGAUCAUUAUUCGUUUAAUUUUGAUGAAGAAGAAUUUGGCUAAGGUGAAGCUUAAUUCUUAGCUUUUAUAAAACCUCUUUAAUAGAACAUCUCUGAAAAUUUUCCUAAAGAAAUUAUACUAAAAUAGUUUUAUUAUAAUACUAAUGAAGCCAAUUUUCAAGAAAGUACUGGUGGAACAAGAAAUAAUUAAAUUGAAUAAUAAUGUACACAAAGAUUGAAAAGUAAAAGAUUAAAUACAUUUGAAAGUGAAAAUUAAAUAAACCAAUAAGAUUAAAAAAAUUAUUUAUUAAAUUAAUUGAAAAUGUAAAAUGAUAAUGAUUAAAAGAGAAAAUCAGCAUGA